AGAUAAUGAGAGGAAAUGUGGUCACUGGCUCAUAGAAGGCCAGGGUUCCGGGCUGCAGCUCUAGGCCACCACUCCCUGACCUACGUCCACCAUCUCUCUCCAGGCAGCCCUCAGCUGGUCCCCAGGAGCCUGUGGAUGCCGCACAAGAUGUCCCCUUUUGGUGCCUGGGGCCUGCCCGCUGCCCUUCUCACCCUGUGCCUCUACCCAGGGCCUGCUGAGAUGUUUGAGGUACACAUACAUCCAGAGAAGCUGGUCUUGGAGCCCGGAGGGUUCGCGAUGAUCAACUGUAGUACCAGCUGUGCGCAGCCUGACAACAGUGGUCUGGAGACCACCCUAACCAAGACUCUGGUGGGCCAAGGAACUCAGUGGAAGCAGUACUUGGUUUCCAAUGCCUCCCAGGACACAGUCGUCUACUGCUACUUCACCUGCUCUGGGCAGCAGAAGUUGAAGGAUCUCAACAUCAGCAUGCUCUACCCUCCAAAGCAAGUGCUGCUGAAGCUGAAGCCCACUUGGGUGGCUGUGGGGGGAUCCUUCACCAUUGAGUGUUGGGUGCCCACCGUCACAGUACCCCUUGGGAGCCUCACUCUCACCCUGUUCCGUGGUAAGGAGGCCAUGUACAACAAGACCUUUAACAUGAUGACACUUGGCCCCCAAGAGGCCACAGUCACCCAUAGCGCCAAGGCUCACAAGGAAGACGGACGCCACAAUUUCUCCUGCCAGGCAGACCUGGACCUGCGGUCUCAUGGUCAGAACAUCAUUCACAGUGUCUCGGAGCCCCAGAUGCUUGUGGUCUAUGAUCUCACGCCAGACAACCAGAUGGUCGUCAUCAUCACAGUGGUGUCCGUGCUGCUGUUCCUGUUUGUGUUAUCCAUCCUCCUGUGCUUUGUCUUCGGCCAGCAUUGGCGCCAGAGGCGGAUGGGCGUCUAUGGGGUACAAGGUGCUUAAAGGGACCUGAAUCGGGCCUACUGGGCACCGCCUACACGAGUGGUGUGGGCACCACCAUGGCAGCCACUGGAACUUAGCGUGGUUCCUCAGGGUUGUGAAACCCUGAGUCCCUGGCUACAGGACUCUAAGGAGCAGCAGAGGACUUUGGGGGCCAUUUCCUCUUCUAGUCUGAAUAUACACACCUGGACUUCGCCCUAUGCCUCAAUGUCUUCUGGGAUAAAACUCAACGGCCAGGAAGGGCACCCAUCAGGACUGGACUUCUCUCUCCAAAUGUCUCCUAAGUCUCCCUCUGCCCAUUCCUUCACAGGGGCCUACCAGAGCCCUAGCCAGCCCAGGCCCUGGGGUGCCCCCAGGCUGACCAGCCCAGGCACCAGGCACCCAUCCUCAUGGAGCCCUGAGUGACUAACUUCUGAGGGAGGAUGGGGGAGGCACACCCUCAUCCAGAAGGGCAGAGAGACAUUCUGUUCCUACUUGGCCCUCUGGGAACAGGACAUGGCUCUGACUUCUUUCUGCCAAAAGAACCAGCUUCCUGGGGUGAGGGUGGGGCCCAAGGGAACUGGCUCAGCUCCAGGACCUUCUGAGCCAGGCCUCUCCCCCAUCACUCUGGGCCUUCAGAGAGCCUCAGACAAUGAAAGCAGCCCCCUCCUCACCUGCUCCAUCAUUAGGCCAUCAAGACCCCCAGCCCUAGCCAUCCCAGAGAGGGGUGAGUGGAGGUCAAGGGAGGGCUCUGGUUCCCAGACCACUGUGGCUUCCCAGUCCUGGACGAUGCUUAGAGGGACCCUUACUCCAGAGCAGAUAUCAGGUCAGUUCAAGGUCUCAGUGGGGUGAAGAGUAUAUUGAUGUACCCAGGAGAGGGCCUGGCUGCAGCUGAGGGAGGAAAAGGGCUGCUGGGCAUGGUGCAGAGUCACAAGCACUAGAGGGGACUUGGGGGCUCCAGGGCUCUUUCCAGUCCCGGGGCUGACAUCUGUCCUCAUGGUAGGCUCUCAGCAUCAUAGUAGUCUGGGGAGAGAACAGUACCUUCACCUUGGCUCCCUCCUGCCUCACUGGACCCCAAGGAGGGAAAGGGAAAGGGACAGGCCAGUUGCCUAUAGUAGUGAUGGUAGGAGCUCCCCACCCCCAAAAUGGCCCUCCUGGCCUCCUGACCACCCCCACCCCCGGCCUGGGCUUGGGCCCCACUGCCCACCCACCCUGCCCCUACCUGAAGCCGGGGGUACAUCCGCACCCACAGUCCCUGUGGCACUGGGGGGUGGCGGUGGGGGGAUGGCUCUCCUGAGAUGGAGAAAAGAAAGACCCCCCCCCAUAAGAAGUGGUCUCUGGGGUCUCACCCACAAGUAUCUCCACCCCACCCCAGCCCCUGGUGAGCUCUUCCAGCCCAGCCCCAGAGCAGGGCCCUGGCAAUGCCCAGAUACCCCCAGCCUCACUUACGACCCUCUUCUCCCAGGGGCAGGAGGGCCGUGCUGAAUCCUGGACGUGUCCUGCAAGUAAGCCUGAUGUGGGGGCGGGGAAAGAAAAGGGACUGGCCAGGAGAGCAGGGGACCCACACUGGGCAUCGGCCAGGGGAGGUAGUGGUGGUGGAACACCAAAGGUCCUUCCUCCUGGGCUUGCAUCUCCUCCUCCUCCUCAUACUCUUCUUGUUGACCCUCCAGGUAGACCUGGGGAUUGUGGGAACAGGGGAGGAGAGAUGGUGAUACCGGAUCCAGCUCUCCCUCCCCCCACUGCUCUGUUCCUCUAAUUUCUUCUCAUAAAAUGGAGCAUUGACUACAUGCAAGCAAGGUA